AAAUCGAUUGCAUAACUAUGAGUGCUCGUUUCACAGGGGAGAUGACAUAAGCGAGACCUUCUCCUAGAAGGCGGCGUUGCGUUGUCGAUCGGUCAGAGGAUCUCCAAAAUGGCAACCAGCGUCAAAUCGAUCGAUGCUGAUUUGGCACGACGAAUUCCAGGCAUGGGCUGAUUGAUAUUAUCCAACUCUCUGUGAUGUUUCUCCUUCGUUAUGUCUGCCCGUCUCCUUCACCCAGAUGAGUAUGAGCUAGAAACUCGCUCUUCAGCGGACUCUCAGGAGAGCUUCAAUCUCGAUGACGCCGAUUUCGAAUCGCAGGUGCCUCCGCGACCCAGACGGAUGCUGAGAAAGGUUCCUUUCCUAUUGAGACUGUUCUCUUCGACCUAUUCUGGCUAUCGUAGCCUGAAGCCUUCGCGACCGUUCCUAUCGGCCUCAACACGCCGUGGUUGCUACCGCCGCCUGCUGUUUCGCCGCUGGUGCCUUCGCCUCCAUGCCGCCGCAGGUAUCAUUCUUGCGCUUAUCGUCCUAACGUCAAUCUUCCGACCUUCGUAUACUCGGCUGCCGCCACAUUAUUCGUCUCUUUGGGAUGCAGUGUCGCAAUCGACUGAACCCGGCCGUGGAAAUCCCCGCAACGAGAAAGUCUUCAUCGCUGCAAGCUUGUACGACCGCGAUGGCGACCUGGCGCAGGGACACUGGGGAGAUAGUGUGCUACGGCUAAUUGACCUGCUUGGGCCAAGCAAUGUCUUCUUGAGUAUCUAUGAGAAUGACAGCGGCGCGGACGGGGAGCGGGCGCUUCGCGGCCUGGAGACACAGGUCACAUGCAAGAAAUCCAUCGUAUUCGAAGAGCAUCUCGAUUUAGACUCUCUUGCAAAAAUCGUGGCGCCCGAUGGGUCAAGGCGAACGAAACGGAUCGAAUACUUGGCUGAAAUUCGAAAUCGAGCCCUACGGCCUUUGAGCGAUCAGCAUGAUGUGCAAUACGACAGGCUCUUGUACUUGAAUGAUAUUGCCUUCAACCCGGUCGACGCACUUCACCUCUUGUUCUCUACAAAUGUAGCGGACGAUGGCGUUUCUCACUAUCGCGCAGCCUGUGCUAUCGAUUUCAUCAAUCCUUUCAAGUUCUAUGACACUUACGCGACGCGGGACUUGCAGGGUUACAGCAUGGGGCUUCCUAUCUUCCCUUGGUUCUCAACUGCGGGAGAAGGUCAAAGUCGACAGGAUGUGCUAUCAGGAAAAGAUGCCGUGCGGGUUCGCAGUUGCUGGUCAGGCAUGGUGGCUUUUGACGCUCGGUUCUUCCAGCAAUCUCCGGAAAGCCAAAGCUACAAGGGCGUUGAAACACCAGUUCAGUUUCGUGCUUCACAUGAAUUGUUCUGGGAAGCGUCUGAGUGCUGCCUCAUCCAUGCUGACAUUCAGGAACCUCUGGCGAAUGGGGGAGAUAGCGGCAUCUAUAUAAACCCAUAUGUCCGUGUCGCAUAUGAUUCCCAUACUCUGUCUUGGCUUGGGACGACUCGACGAUUUGAGAGACUGUAUGCCUUGAUUCAAAAUCUGAUCAGUCGCCUUGCUGGACUACCAUGGUUCAAUCCUCGCCGAGAUGAGAUUCCGGGACAAAAUGUACAACAGACAGUCUGGGUUCCAGAUGAAAAAGAAGAUGGCAGUGGCUCGUUCCAGAUAGUUGAUAGGGUUGCAGGGAAGGACGGCUUCUGUGGACGCCCGGGGCUGCAGGUAAUUGUUGAGCAUCGCGAAGAGGGACAAAAGGGGUGGGAAACCAUCCCAAUGCCGUCUUGAGGUUGUCUUUGCUGAAAGUUGGCACGUAUCAUUUUGCUGUCGUGAAUCUCCACCGCCUGGUAAUGCGUUUGUUUGCACUGAGGGUCAUGACAGCCUCGUCUCCCCCGCCUUUCCAUUAGCCCAAGAGAUAUAUGUAACGCGCGCAGCAAAGUCUCAACUACAAACGCUUUGAAGAACUCCGGUGAAUUACCCCAAGAAUCUCCCGUGGUUCAAUCCGUAGCUUUCACUUGGGGAGAUUACUCAUUUCAGCUUCGCUUUUAUAGAUACACCGAGCCGUUGGAUGUUAUGGUGAUCAUUCAUGCCUUCUC